AUGGCCUCACUGGAGUUUGCCACAGUUCUGCUUAACUCUGGAUUGAUCCCAACAGGUUUUGAAGCAGUUCCCCUGGAGAUAAAUACACCCGAAGGGACGCCAGGUGGGGCAAGCGAAUUUUUUUCAAAACUUCUAGGUGGUGGGCCAAGUGGUGGUUCAGGUUCUACAUUUCCUGUAAAGGAGGGAGUUACCAGUGCCCAGGAUACUUCGAAGGAUGGCUCGGUAAAUUUGUAUUAUGCGGUGGUUGAAGGUGUCCUUUCUCUUGCCCAGCAUAUUCAAGGUAAGGAGGUUAAUGAAAAAGUCCUCUUUACCCUGGUCACUGCUCUUCAGGCAUCUGCUGUACCGAGUUGUAGUCGUCAGCUUGUAUGCGAGAGAGUUCACUAUGACCGCAACGAUCAUUUCCUCGCCAUUCGAGGUGAGGUUUUAUUGCUAGUUGUGGAAAGGCUGUUUGGGGUACUUACUCGAAACAACGCAAUUCCUCCACUGUAUGAAGAAGCUAAAUCUGCAUUGAAUCAUAUUGCUAAGGCAUUAUCAAAAGCUGUGGAACAUGAAAUGACUGAGGUGAGUGGAGUUGAGUUAGCCGGAUCUGGUGCAAUAGAGGAAGGGUUUCAGUCAGAUGCAGCAAAACUGUUGGAGUAUUGCUGUAGUUUAAUUAAGAUGCCUGUGGUGUCUUCUAUAUCUACUCAACAAACGGGAAACGCAGUUGGGGCUAUAGGCUUACCCAGUGAAUCUUCUAUGGUAAUGCUUACAGCACUUGGUCUUAUUCUUCAUUUAACUGUCAAUGGGGGACCAGUGUUCCGCAACUCCUCACUCAUUCUUUCGGUUUUGAAGUCUGCGGUGAUUCCUUCGACUUUGGGUACUGCAUUGCUAAAGGACCUGGAUGCAUUCCGUCUCUCGGUGAAUGUGCUACUGACGUGUUCAAUUAGCUUUGGUCCUCUCAUGGUAAAUGAGACUGAGACAAUAUUUCGUCAUUUAUUCUUCCGAGUGUUGGAAUCGAAAACAUGUUCCCUUGUUCAGAAGUCGCUGGUAGUUGAGGUUUUCCGACGCUAUAUUGAAGAACCACAAAACUUACUUGCUUUGUUCUUGAACUAUGAUUGUAAUGCACGUUCUCAGAGUGUAUAUGAGCAGAUGAUUGGAUAUUUGGUUGCUCUUUCUGAACCCCCUGGGGUAAAAGGCUCUGAUGCUUCGGGUCCUAAGGAUUCACUCUUUGAGAAGGUCGUAUUAGAUUUUUCGGUUCCCGAUUCAUUGCGAAGAAGUGCAUUAGCAACACUCUUAUUGGUUGCCUGUUCAAAUCGCCAGUGGAUUGAGCGGUUCGAAUGUGAUCAAAACAGGUCUUUCACCAGAGAAAAUUCUUCUACUAUACUACUGUCUCACCCAGAGCCAGCGAAAGACUACUUAGGAAAACAAUUGGAGACCCAAGGCAAUCUUUCAGUAUCUGAUACACUACCGAAUGAAAACGAUCAGUUUAUGGAGACGUUGCGUAUAAAAGAGGCAUUUCGUAAGUUUUUGUAUCAUAUGAAUGAGGCAAAAGACUCAGCAGCUGCAAUUGAAUUCCUUGCAAAAGAACCUCUUCUUGUAGCAGGUAUUGUCCAGGAAAAAUGCCAAACUAAAGGAAAUGGGGAGAAAACUGGGUUUGCAGCCAACAAUGAAUCAACGAUAGAUGCGGACACAACUACGGCAGAUCGUGCCGAGACUGUUGAAGCAGCAGAAGAGGAGAUGGAAUCCAGGGCAGAGAAAAUUGCUAUGUUUUUGAAGGAAAAAGAAGACUAUAUUGAUAAAUUAGUCAUUGGUGAGUUCUUUGCGAAGAGCUUUCGAAAACCGUAUUCGCGGCUUAUUUUUGUAAAGUGGAUUGAGCAACAUUCAUUUACUGGAAUGGCUCUUGAUGCGGCGGUUAGACUGUUUUUAGGUGGAUUCAAACUUCUUGGUGAAGCUGAAGUUGUCGAUAAAACAAUGGAGCUUUUUGCCGCGCAAUACUGCAAGGAAAAUCCAACGGCUUUUCGAUCCGCUAAUACGGCGUUGAUCCUAUCUUUUUCGAUAUGCAUGCUGAACACCGAUGCUCACAGUCCUCAUGUUAAGGACAAGAUGACACUUGAGGGCUUUAUUCGAAACAAUAGAGGCAUUGAUGAAGGCGAGGAUGUUGAUCCAACCUUAUUGAAAGCGAUUUACGAACGUAUUGUCUCAAAUGAAAUUAAGCUUCGUCCCACUAAGUUUGAUACUACUGCUCCGAGCUCCAAUUGUAGCAAUCGAGGCCGAAAUUCGUCAAAUCAUAGGAUUUCAUCUGGGGUCCUGGAGUCUAUUCCCAUACUCAGGCAUUUAGCUCCUGUGGCCAGAGCGAUAACGGAUACUGUAAUGAUACCGUUAGACGCUGCAGGCAAUGCCCUUUUUAAUACUGCUCAACGGAAACAACAGGAAGUUUACCAAACUGAGGUUCUCUCCGCCUUAAAGGAUGUGAUUGAGGCCCUUGACACAGCCAAUGCGCUAAAAUAUAACUUCGUGGAAGCCACAAGAAUUGAAAAUGCAAUUCCAAUGUGGGCAAUAACUGUUGACCCUUUGGUGAAAUGCCUUUUAUGCGCCUUUGAGAGGUUUUUUACCAUGGCUGAGGCUACUGUGUUGCCCCCGAAUGCACAGGCUGGCCUGGACGUAACUGUUCUUUUUCUUGAUGUGCCCCAAAAUCGAGAGUACUUUGAUAUUCUUCUUCGAGGUGUGGUCAACACUGUUCAUGUAUGCUGUGAUUUUGGCAAUGUGUCACAGGCUGAGGAUCUUAUUGAGAGACUUUUUUCGUUGACUCAACUUGAAAAAGUUGUAAGUAUUUCUCAAACAGCGAACUCUUGUGUUACCGUCUCAAAUGUAAUAUCAAAGCCGAGGAUCCAGUUGCUGGCAAUGCUCUUGAAUUUGUUUCCAAUUAAUGGAGCUUCACUAACAACGAGGGGAUGGCGUGUGGCGUACAAUGGAGUCUCGCUACUGGAUUUAAUUUCAAAUGGUGUCGAGGGCAUUUGGAAGAGACAACGCAGGAGGUUUACAUCGGGUGAAGGAAUGCAACCUCCUCCAGAUACAUGGUUUGGUUGUUUGGAGAACGUGCCUCCUUCCCUUGAUAAGAAUUCCAUCACGAAACGGUUUGCAAUUCUAUCUGGUUUGAGGUGUUUUGCUUCUGUGGAUAUAUGGCUUGAACGCUUGUUUGAUGCUACAGAGUAUCCAUCACAGACACGAGUUUUUAUGGCUAAUGCUUUAGUUUCUGUCUGCGAGAAGGAGUUGAAUUGCUCGCGUACAUUUUCUCUCACAAAACUAUUCGAUUUUGUCACAGUUUGUGCCUCAUUCAGUUCGCGAAUGCAGUGGAGAGACCUGUGGGCCCAUGCCAGCAAGGUUUUUACUUUGGCUGGAAAAAUGUCAUUUGAUAUUGCAACUUCUGCCUUGGGAGGCCUAAGGAUCAUAGCACUUACAUACCUCAUGCGUGAGGAACUCCUGAAUUACUCAUUUCAGAAGGAGGUCCUCAUACCCUUUGAGGCCAUUCUAAUGGGUAAUCAGAACGUCAUUAUUCGUCAAAAAGUAAUUGAAACUAUAGCGGAACUUAUUGAUUUUCGAGCUAGUCAUUUGGCGAGUGGAUGGAACGUCGUGUUCUCUAUCCUGAGCCAUAGUGCCGUGAUUCCAGAAGUCGUAAAAUCUGCAUGGGAUGUUUGUGAACGCAUUAUCACUUUGCAUAUAGGUCUUAUGAAGGACUGUUUCAGGGAUCUGGUCUUUUGCUUGACGUCUUUCGCCUGCAACAAUGUUGAUGAGGCUGUUGCCUUACUGAGUACUUCCUACCUAAAGGCAUGUGGGCAUUGGCUUCAGUUUGGCUUGGAACCACCGCCAGCGGAUGUAUGUGAUGCCAGUGGCGUAUCUGAAUGGGCAGGUCGAUACAAGGAUGCUGAUAGUGAAGCACGCGCAGCAAAGCUUACUGUUGGCUUACCGCGGGUUACUCUGUUGAUGAAUCCUAUCACUUCACUUCGAACUUUGGAGAAGCCGACGGGUCCAGCGGUAAAAACAGGUUAUCAUUUGUGGAUGUCACUUCUUGAAGGAAUGAUUCCUAUUAUUUUGGUUCAUCCUUCUGUUAGAGUAAGGUCACAUGUGAUCUGCUCGUUGUGGGCUCUCAUUGGACAGUACGCCAUCGCAUUUGCCGCUGAAAUUCAAGAUUCUCUUUUUAAGGGAAUCUUGAGGCCUGUUAUAUUAAGUCUUCUUAUGCAUACACCAGUCGAAAAGGAAACACCACUCGGCUCUGUGGAUUAUAAACUUUUGGCGUUUCUGAGUCUCAAAAGCAUGUUUCUUGCGUGUCGAAAGCACCCACGUCUCUUAUCUCUAGCAUGUGAGAUUUUUUCUUCAAUUUGCAUGACACCUUUGUCAUUGAAACAUAUUCAAUCGGGCCUCGUAGAUGUCGUUCUAAGAAUAUGCGUUGACUUGGAACUACGCAGGAAUGCUUAUUCUUUCGGCGUUUCAGUGGCAACACCUGAACUGUGGGUGAGUAGGCUGGUGCAUGAGUUGAUACAUGUAGGGCAUGUCGAUGUUAUCCACUUCAGGAGGACAACAGGGUGGACAGAACUACACCAUGCAGAGACUGUUACAGCAUCUGGUGUGAACCUGGAUGCCGGCUUGGGGGACGAAGCACGCACUGCCGUCAUUAAUACGGUUCUCACAUGUAUUACUGAUGGUGUUAUAACCCAGCUUUUGGCAACAACAAAGAGUUGUAGCGUACAGGAGGAUUAUCUCCUCUGUUGCAGGGCGACUCGUCGAGCAUACUUGAUUCUCGCCUUGUUCUCUUCGGCAGAUGCAACCGAAAAAGUGUUCCCCCUGCUUCUCUCUGGAUUUUGUGCCGAUACAGCAGAGGUGCCUGAGCAACAGCUCCUUAUUCCCUAUUUGUGUGUGCUUGUCGAAUUUGUGUUUGUUCUGCGUUCAAGUCCACCCACACCGAAUGAAACUCGGGCGCUACGUUCAGCAGUUGGCAUGAUGUGCCAGACAAUUCGACAUUCACGGGAAUUUUGUGUGCGUCAUCAAAAUGAACUUAUGGAUGUGUAUGAGAAUGAGAAGACUCAAGGAGAGCAGCCAUCAGCUACCAAAAAAUACAAGGGACGCGCGUUUAUCGAUGUUUUUCGCUCUGGGAGGGCACCAUUAACGGCUCGAGCAAAGCACAUUUCCCGUACCCCUCCAGAACGAUACCUUAACGAGUGGAAAUAUCUUACACACAUUCUUGGGUUGAAGUACGCUUUUGCGUUUGACGGUGUCAUAACUCGGAGUGCUGCUGCGGAGAAUGUGCGUGACCUCAUUUUGUUGCUCCCAAGUGAACUAGAAGAGGAGUUGACCGAAGCGUUCUUAAAUAGUUGUUGGGAUGAGAUUGACGUGGGGAUAAACCUUUUGAAAGGUUCGUCCCUGUCGCAUGCUCUCGUUGUGCUAGAACAAAAGAGAAAUGCGUCGGCAACAUAA